AUGGACACGAAGGAAACGCAACAGAUUCCUGAGGAAAAGAAACCCAAGGAGCAUAAUCAGCCUAAGUGCACCACUGAGGGAAAGCCAACUGUGCCACCAGAGACCGGAUCAAGAAUUGUUGACUCACAUCAGGAUAAGAUCCUGUUUACAACACUUGAUAAAUUAAAGAUUAAGAGGACAGAUAAAUCGGAAUCAUCAAGAAUGGUCAAUGACGUGGUAAAGUGUAUAAGUGACCACAUGAAAAAGUGUACAGAAUGCUUCAAAAAUGUAAAUGUUCUGCGCACUGGAAGUUACUACGAAAAUCUAAAGAUUUCUAAUCCCGACGAAUUUGAGAUGUUUUAUUGUCCGGUCGAGCGGGUGGAUAUUCGGCCAUUUGGGGAUGAUGGAGCUUUUUAUAGCGUGGCAUUUAAACGGGGAAAACACCCUCUGGAUCCCUUUCUAAAUAAGGAUAAGGACAACACGGUAUCUGCGAGUGAAAUGCUUUCGGAGUUCAGAAACGAAGUGAUAAAGUCUGUGAAGAAACAGAAAGACGUGUUGUUGGAGAAGAAGAAGAAGGGUUGCCCGGCGGUGACCUUAACGAUAAACGGGACGGGAACUGUCCCCAUCUCACUGGACAUUGUUCUGGGACUACAGGUCAAAUCGAGCUGGCCCACUUUCGCCCAGGAAGGCUUCAAAAUAGACAACUGGCUUGGGACCAAAGUGAAGAAAUUACUUAAGUCACAGUCAUACUACCUCGUUCCGAAGUAUGAGGGAAAGGGCACGGUGGAACUGGAAGGGGUCUGCGCUAGAGACUCUUGGCGCAUCUCAUUCUCGCAUGUGGAGAAGAGUAUCCUAACAAAUCAUGGCUCUCAGAAGACCUGUUGCGAGGCCAGCGGAAUUCGCUGCUGCAGGAAGGACUGUCUGAAGCUUCUGAAGCACCUGUUAAGCCUUUUGAAGGCAGAGAACCCUAGUCUGUCCAAGUUCUGUUCCUACCAUGCAAAGACCACCCUUCUGCACGCAUGCUGCUCCAGGACCAAAGACAGUGACUGGGAGGCGACGCAGCUGGGACCCUGCUUCCAGCAGCUGCUGAGGGACUUUGAGGGCCACCUGAAAGACGGCAAGCUCCCCAACUUCUUCAUCCCCACACACAACCUGCUGGGCUCUGGCCACGACCGCAAGAGCUGCCAGAUCCUGGCCCAGUGCAUUGAGGAGCAGCGCAACAAAGGUUUCCCUGUCUUCGGCUAG